AUGUCGAAUGACUCGCCGACGGCCGAUUCGAAGACGCUGAUGCUGCGGAGCUCCGACGGGGGGGUCUUCGUGGUGGAUGAGGCUGUGGCCAUGGAGUCGGUGACGAUAAGGAACAUGAUUGAGGACGACUGCACAGAAAACGGCAUCCCGCUCCCCAAUGUCACGGGGCGGGUCCUGGCGAUGGUGAUUGAGUUCUGCAAGAGGCACACGGAGGGGUCUUCCCAGGGCGGCAGCGGAUUUGGAGGAGGCGGGGAGGAGGAUCUCAAGGCCUGGGACGCCAGUUUUGUGAAAGUCGAUCGGGCCACACUCUUCGACCUUAUUCUGGUGAGAGACGCCAGUUUCCCUCGCAUGAGUAAUGCCCCUCUAAUUUGGCGUUGAUCUUAUGGAAUUAGUAAUUCUCGUUCUCCGUUUCUCAUCUUCCCGACGAUUCAUCUAGUUACCUGUUCGUCAUUUUCUGACAACUGGCGAUUCGAUUCGAUUCGAUCCGAUCUUCAUUUAUUACCCAACGAGAUGGAUGUAGGGAUCUACUGUUCAGGAUUCGUAUGAUUCCGUUAUCAUGAUUAUGACGGAGUUUUGGAGUCUUUGAUCUAUUGCCCUCUGGGGCUUGUCCGGUGUAUUUCCCAUGCGGAGGCUUUCACUGAAAGCUGAUCUACUUGCAAUGAGAACUCCAUUGGAUUUUUCCUCCAGUUGGGAUAAACUGGCGUCCAGGUAGCGUCCAUUAAAUCUAAAUCGGAAUAUUUUCCAAAUACGAGAAAGUUACAUGUUGGCUUAUGCUGUUUAUUCCUUGAUUCAUCGAUUAUACCUUAGUAACAUGUAUCGAAAUUUCGGUUCGUUUUCCUGUGCCAAUGUUUCUUCCACAGCCUUGCAAAUUGUCAUUUCGUUUAUAAUUUUUUUGUGUAUUGGUUCUCUCCCGACUAAAAACAUACGAGUAUAAAUCGACACAAUAUGCUUGCAGAUCUGUAGUGGAUAAAAUGAGUCAAACUGAAGAACAGUUAUGUAGGUCAGGAUGGCGUUCUUGGUAUUGUAUUUGGGUUUAAUUACCUUUCAUCAUCAACAUCAUCGUCUCUCUCUCUCUCUCUCUCUCUCUCUCUCUCUCUCUCUCUCUCGCUGUAUGUGGUUUCCUCCUCCUGUGACUACCCCUCUCGUCUGCUUUCAUAUCGUUGUCUGCUUUUCUCCCCUCUUUCUCAUCUGCUUUCUUAUCAUUGUCUGAUUUUGUCUUUUCAUCACGAGAGAAUCAUAAUGCUACCUUCGGUCAUAAUCACGGUUACAUCACACUAGAUUUAGGUUAUCUUGUGGCAAGUUGAAUUCUAUGCCUGUUUUCAAAAAAUCGGGAACGAAAUCGAGAUAUAGAUAAUGAUUUUGUUCCUGAUGUCAUAAAAAUACUCGUUUAUCUCGCAUGUUCGGGGGAUUCGAUAAUUUUCUAUCGCAAAUAUCUACUUAAUUCAUCAAGUUUUCCUUCUUUGAAUCUUUCCCCAAUCUCGGUAACUUUUUAUCGCAAAUAUCAGCUUAAUUCAUCAAGUUUUCCUUCUUUGAAUCUUUCCCCAAUCUCGGUGGCAUUGCAGUCGAUUCCAGCGCGUUUCAACAAAUAUUGGUGAAUGUCGAUGGCUUAUGUGCUAUGAUUCUUAUGUGGUGUUCUCGCAGGCUGCGAACUAUCUGAACAUCAAGAGUCUGCUCGACCUGACCUGCCAGACCGUCGCAGACAUGAUCAAAGGGAAGACCCCCGAGGAGAUCAGGAAGACCUUCAACAUCAAGAACGACUUCACCCCGGAGGAAGAGGAAGAGGUGCGCCGGGAGAACCAGUGGGCCUUUGAAUAA